AUGGAAAACGAGUUCUAUAAUGCCUUUGCUAGCCCGAUGACUAUAACUCAGAAUACGAUGUUAGAAAAUGAAACAGGAACCACACAAAAACUGCCUAAGCUUAUGAGUAUUGAGGAACCAGUUAAGGACGACGGAAAGAAGGUUGAUAUUAAAGAUUUAAGUGUUGAAGAGAAACAGAAAUACAAAAAUGAAAACUUGAUGGUUAGUCUCUUGCAGCAAGCUAUUAAAGAAGAAAUCUUGAUUUUACUUCAACACAACGGAAGUGCUCAUUCGAUAUGGAAAGAAUUAAAAUCAAAAAAAACAGAUCUUAAAGCCUUUGUUGCUCAAAAAGUUGAAGAUGAUGAUAAUGAUUAUUGGGCAAAUAGUAUGAAAGAGUAUUUAAAAUAUCUAGCUAAGAGAGAUGCUGAAAAAGCUCGAAUAGCAAAGAAGAAGGUUGAAAAACAAGAUGAUAGAGAUGAUGAUUAUUGGGCAGACAAAAUGAAAGAGCAUUUAAAAUUUCUAUCCGAGAGAGAUGCAGAAAGAAGGAAAGGUAAUAAUGAUGAAGAAGAGGUCCGAGUGAUAAAGGUUAAAGAAGUUCCAGCUUUCGAAAUUAAAAAGGAAGCUGAUGUAAAAAAGAUGUCUGAGAAUUGUGAAAAUUGUGAGACUCUGAAAAAGUACAAUAAUGAGUUGAUUCACAACAUGAACAGGAUUUACCCCACAGUUGAAGGCAUGAAAGCAUUUGAAGAAGAAACAGCUGAAGUGAAGAAGUUCGAAACAAAAGAAGAUAUUCAAGUGAAGAUCUCUGAAUGUCACGUGCAGGAACUUCAAGUCGGGCCGACAGGAAACGAGGCUGAGACACUCGCUCAGGAGAGGGCCCAGUGGGACACAGGCGGGUGA